CGCCAUCUCUGUUCCUGUUGGAAUAGGAAUAGUCCCUGAUGUUCAAAUUUUGUAAAGUUUUUUGAUUCGCAAACUAUUUGGAGAGAUAAAUGUUUAUUGGUGGAGUGUUUUUUUCGCUGUGUAUCGACGAUGUCUUGUGAUUUCAUUUCGGAGUCACUUAGUGAUAACUAAGCAUAAUGACAUAUUAUGUUGAUAUGCUUUCUUCUGUAUAAAAUGAAACCGACUGUUUUACUGUGAUCCUCUGUUUCGCUAAGAAAGGUUGCGUAAAUGCAGUCUUUCUGUAUGAAUGUAUUUCCAAAAUGGGAACAGAAUAUAGUGUUCAUAAAAACCGAACAGUUUCACCUUCUGAUGAAGGCAUGGCACUAAGAAUGAGAAACAAUUAUCACCCUCUUCAUUUUCAUCAAAUCCAUGGUGAUAACGUAAAGUUGUCAAAAAAUGGAACAGUAGCAUGUCGCUCCGAAGGUUUUUGUAAGGGAAUUGUUUUUAGUGAUCGCCCGGUUAUGGUUUGUGAACAGAUAUUUGUGAAAUUUAUAGAUAUAUCAACAAACUGGAGUGGAGCUUUAAGAAUAGGUUUUACAAUGAAUGAUCCUGUGUCUAUGAAAUCUAAACUUCCUCGAUAUGCAUGUCCUGAUUUAACAUCUAUGCAUGGAAACUGGGCUAAAGCCAUAGCAGAGCGUCAGGUCAAGAAAGAUUCAAUUUUAUUUUACUAUGUGGACCAGAAUGGUGAUGUUCAUUAUGGUAUUGAUAAUGAGGAACAUGGUGUAUUUUUUGGUGGUGUUAAUACGUCUGGUAAAUUAUGGGCCGUCCUUGAUAUUUAUGGAAAUACAGUGGCUGUUGAAUUCCUUGAUCCUGGUUUCUUAAAUCAAGAUUCUGUUACAGAUGCUCAAAGCAAUGCUCUAACCAUAUUCAGGAAUAAAGGAAAUCAGAAUGCUUCUGGUGUCUUACAGAUUUCUAAUUUAAACUGCAAUUUGUCUUUCCACCGUCUUCACGGGAAAAAUGUAGUUCUAAAAAAGAAUGGAGCUGUUGUUUCAAGGAAGCCAGGAUGCUAUAGUCUUGCGUAUGCUUUUACUGAGAAACCUGUAAACAUUGGUGAAAAUGUUAUCAUGCAAGUUCUUCAAACUGAUUAUUUUGCGAAAGGACCUUUAAUGUAUGGUAUUACAUCCUGUAAUCCAUCAUAUCUUGAUCAAUAUGAACUUCCAGAAAAUACAGAUGAUUUAAUGGAUCGGCUUGAGUACUGGGUUGUUAAACCAGAUACUAACCAUUAUCGAAUUGGGGAUAUUAUUGUUUACAAAAUAAAUGCAGAAGGGGAAGUAAUUGUUUUGAAGAAUGAUCAAAAGUCAGCUGUUUUUCAUGUUGAUCCUACACAGCCACUAUGGCUGUUUAUUAAUAUUAUAGGCUCCAUCUCAGAAUUGUGGCUAGUUGAAACCUCAUGUAAUAAUGCAGUAACUGGUCUGGAAGAUCAGUUUGAAAGUAUGUCAAUAUCUUCUGAACCAUCUGCAGAUAUGAGUAUGAGAUCUAGGUCCUCAAAUCAGCAGUCAUUUACUGAAUGUGUCAUUUGUUAUGAAGAACCAGUUAACUGUGCUUUAUACCGUUGUGGUCAUAUGUGUAUGUGUUAUAAUUGUGCUACGAAAAUGUGGAAGCCAAGUUCUACUGUCCAUUGUCCCAUAUGCAGAGAGACUAUUCAGGAUGUUAUUAAGAUAUAUAGAUAAUUAAUAUUUUAUUAAGUUUAUAAACUUAGGAAUACAAGUUUUAUAUAUAGCAUGUGAAUAUAACUAAAGUGACUACUUUUUGAAAAAUUUUGAAUGUGUAAUUCUUCUGAGAAGCAGUUUGCAUUUUAUGGUUUGCACAAUAGUUUUCUGUAAGCAUUUAUGUUUAAUAUUUACUUUGAUAGCUUUUGUAUUGCAUAUGGCUUAUUUUAUCGUAAAGGUGACAUGUUGUAUUCAUAAUUUGUUUAUCUUUUAAUUUUAUUGCUAGGCAAUAAAAUAAUGUAAAGGUUUUGGCCAAAGUUAACUAAUUUUUUUAGUAUCUUUAAUUUUAAAUUCAGAUGUAUGCCAGAACUGCCAACCCUCUCAGCUAAACCAAGAAACUUUUAAUAUUUUAUCUUAUUUUGCAGGCCCCUGGUAAAUCCCUAAUUCUCCAUGUUUUAAAUUAAUCUCUUUACAUGUAGUUUUGGACAAAUAAUUUAUUACUAAAUGUCAUAAGGAAAGGAAAUUCUCUGAACACAAUUUUGGAAACAGCUACUUAAAAAAUUCUAACUUUUUUAUCAUAUUCAGUUUAAUUUUCUGAUUAAUUUAUCUUCAAUCUGAUCCGUGUUAAUCCUUUAUAGAAAUCUGUAAAAGAGUUUAUAAAGACAGUUAACAUUCUGAAUUUUGACAGUUAACAAAGUUCAGAACAAUGAAUAAAAUAUUUACAAAGUUAAUAUAUUUUACUUCAUAAUCAUAUUAUAGCUAGUUUUUAAUCCAAAUGAUGUGUUAUAAAGGGACUUUAUGUCAAGUUAGUCAGUUUAUAAUGUUUUAGAAGUCAUGUCGCGCAGUUUUUCACUUUUAAAGCUUGGCAGCCAUGGUAGUCAUCUGAAUUUUAUUUAUUUAAGUAAGUUUUAUUUCAGCUAAGAAUGAGUUAUAGUUAUUCCUUUAUGUGAUAUAGUUUUGUGUGACUAUAUUUUUAUGAACAUUUGAAGUGAGCGAAAAGCGACUUACAUCUCUGGAUGAAUUAUUUAUGUAGAAUAUAUUGUAUGAAAAUUUUGGUAGUUUAAGAAUGUUUCAGCAUUGAUUAAAUAAAAUAUAUGUAUUAUAAAAUUA